UGUGUCUCAGUGAAAAGCCUUUCGAUGCAUUCACCGACCUCAAGAAUGGAUCGAUCUUUGCUUUCCAGGGACAAUAUUUGUAUGAACUGGAUAAGAAAGGUGUUGUUGCUUGAUAUCCCAAGCAGAUUCUGGAUGUGUGGGGCGUGCAGGGCCCCAUCGAUGCUGCCUUCACUCGAAUAAACUGCGAGGGAAAGACCUACCUGUUCAAGGGCAUGAUGUACUGGCGUUUCAACGAUGGGAUCAUGGAGGACGGCUUUCCCAGGCCAAUCAAGGAUGGCUUCCCAGGAAUUCCGACCCAUCUCGAUGCAGCCCUGGUCAUUGCUGCAUCCGGCAUCCGUGGGAAGGAGCAAGUUUAUUUCUUCAAGGGCAAUCAUUACUGGCAGUAUGUCUUUGAACAUCAGCCCACCCAGGCAGAAUGUGUAGGGAUACCUAUCUUCAUCCCCUUCCAGAGGUACACCUACCUGAUGCCCGACAACUGGGACGACUACCUCUCAAGGCUCUUUAGAUCCAUCUCCAGAGCCCGCACCUCUGGCCCGUUCUCCAUCAGACAACACUGGCACGGGAUCCCUUAUAAAGUGGACUCAGCGAUGAACGGUAAACAUUUCAUGGUGCGCAUGCAGGAGGGGCGUGGCCGGAGGAGAGGCCAGCCCAAGGGUUGGCACAGGACGCACUCGUCCAGCGCGGAGGAUGCCUGCACCCUCGUGCCCAGCCAGAACGUCUACUUCUUUCUCAGAGAUAAAUAUUUCCGCGUCGAUCUUGACUCCAAACGAGUGGCCUUUGCUUGGCCUCGAUAUCCCGAUCCAUCACCAAGUACUGGUUCAAGUGUGAGAACGAGUGAAAGGAAGCCGGCUCAGGACAGGACCAUCACCGGCAGAGACGGGCUGCCCGCCGCCAGUCCCCGAUCCUUCGUGCAAGAGGACAACACCACGGGGAACAUAGAAUGAGGAAAUAAAACCAAAAUAAGCUGC